UAAGAGGUUCUUCACUUCUUCUACGUUUCCUCAUUUUGAACGAAUAUUCUCACGAGUUCAUCUGGAAAUGACUACACAAAUCCACUAGAAAGUCCACUCCAACAUAAUCCAUAGCCUCAGAUUAAGGAACUUAAAUAUUGUAAGAUUGCGAUUUGCAAAUCAUCGCAACUGGCUAUGGACUACAAGACAGUUGUUGUAUUAGCAAUUGUGUUUCUAUCGAUGGUAUCAUCAGCUCGAGUGGUGCCAUUGCCGAUCAUUGAGAAACCAGAUGGUGUUGUCAAUCUUUUUGAUAAUUCAAAGUACGGAUUGCUUCAGCUCAGUAAUGGGUUGGCUCAGACUCCUCAGAUGGGAUGGAAUAGCUGGAAUUUCUUUGCUUGCAACAUAAACGAGACUCUAAUUAAGGAAACAGCUGAUGCACUUAUCUCGUCUGGCUUGGCUGAUUUGGGCUAUAAUUAUGUCAACAUUGAUGAUUGUUGGGAAGCACUUACACGGGACGCAAAGGGUCAAUUAGUUCCUGACUCAAAAACAUUUCCAUCUGGGAUUAAAGCUCUUGCUGAUUAUGUACAUGGGAAGGGCCUCAAGCUUGGUAUCUAUUCUUCAGCAGGUGUUUUCACCUGUCAAGUACGACCUGCUUCACUUUUCCAUGAGAAUGAUGAUGCAGCAACUUGGGCUUCCUGGGGUGUUGACUACUUGAAGUAUGACAACUGCUUCAAUCUUGGCAUCAAACCAAUUGAUAGAUAUCCACCAAUGAGGGAUGCUCUGAACUCAACUGGAAGGACAAUCUUUUAUUCCCUUUGUGAAUGGGGUGAAGAUGAUCCUGCUCUAUGGGCAGGAAAUGUUGGAAACAGUUGGAGAACAACAGAUGACAUCACUGAUACAUGGGAAAGUAUGACUACUAUUGCUGAUUUAAAUGACAAAUGGGCAGCUUAUGCAGGACCUGGUGGAUGGAAUGAUCCUGAUAUGUUAGAAGUUGGUAAUGGAGGCAUGAGUUACUUGGAAUACAGAUCACAUUUUAGCAUAUGGGCUUUGAUGAAGGCUCCACUUCUUGUAGGUUGUGAUGUUAGAAACAUGACUGCAGAAACAUUUGAAAUUUUAAGCAAUAAGGAGGUCAUUGCUGUAAAUCAAGAUCCACUUGGAAUUCAGGGAAGAAAAGUCAAAGUUUCAGGAACAGAUGAUUGUCUUCAAGUUUGGGCUGGACCUUUAUCUGGGACCCGUUUUGUUGUUGUUCUUUGGAACCGAUGUUCAGAAGCUGAAACGAUUCAAGUCUCAUGGGAUACACUUGGACUUGAUUCCUCCAUCAUUGUUUCCAUACGAGACUUAUGGAAGCAUGAAGAUGUAGUAGCGGAUGCGGUUGCAUCAUUUGGUGUGCCAGUGGAUGCUCAUAGUUGUGAGAUGUUUAUUUUAACUCCGAAGUUGUCUCAUUUUGAAGUAUGAAUAUUUGUAUCUUUUCAUUUUGGGUAAUGUGGGAUUGUUGAUAUUUUGUAGUUCUUGAUUCUUGUUAUGUUAUUGUGUUUAUGGAAUAAAUGUUCUCACUUUUAUGAUAAAU